GUCAGCAGGCACGUUAGUUUCCUUUCUGUCUCUCUCUCUCUCUCAUCUUCUUUGAGCCUCCCAAUUUCUUAUACAGACACAGUCACACAUACACAUAUACACACAUAUAUAGCAUGUAUAUAUAUAGCCAUGAAAAAGGCGUAUAUAAACAUAAGUAAAAAAGAAAAAGAAACAAGAGUGACAAAUACAGGGCACCAGCUCCUCCAUCUUCAAUAUCUCUACACCUAAAGAGACACCCAGAGCAUAAGCACAGAGAUUUGUCCUUCUCUCUCCGUUUCUCUGUGUUUUUAACUUUCAAAGACAUCUCUGGUUGAUUGGCCAUGGAAGCAGAGAACGGCGGGAAAUUAGAAGAAGGUUCUGGAAACCACGUGUGGGGAGGAGAAGAGGGUCAUGCCCAUGAAGCCUCUCCGAGCAGUCCACUGAGUUCUCUGGAUCUCGCCAUUGACGGCGCCAUGAACGCUUCGAUCGAGCAGUUGUAUCACAACGUGUGCGAGAUGGAGAGCUCAGAUGAUCAGUCGCCGUCGAGGGCAAGUUACAUAUCGUACGGUGAGGAAUCGCGAAUCGACUUGGAGCUAAGGCAUCUGGUAGGAUACAUCGGAGGAGAAGUUGCAGAUAAAAAGAAAGAAGUUGUCUUGGAGAAGAAAGAAGAGGGCAGUGACAGUAAAAACAGAGGAACCUUGACUCACAAGAAACCAAGCGAUCCCCCCUCCAACGGUAAGAAGUCUGCGAAAACGAGCCCUAGUCGAAAACUCUUGGGGUCGAGGCUCUUUCUGAAGAAAAACCAGGAAUCUGUGAAGAAUUCUGCGGAGACUGAUGAGGAAAGUCCCGAUCUUGGACCAUCGUUGUUGAAACAAGCGAGAGAGAUGGUUUCUUCGGGCGAGAAUCUGAACAGAGCUCUCGAUUUGGCGCUCAGAGCGGUGAAAACCUUCGAGAAAUGCGCGGAAGGAGAAAAACCCGGGUUGGAUUUGGUGAUGUCUUUACAUGUUUUGGCAGCCAUAUACGCUGGUUUAGGGAAAUAUGCAGAGUCAGUGCCAAUUCUCGAGCGUUCCAUCGAGAUACCGAUGAUCGAAGAUGGCGAGGAUCACGCUCUGGCGAAAUUCGCAGGUUGUAUGCAGCUCGGCGACAUGUACGGACUAAUGGGUCAGAUCGAGAACUCGAUCCUGUUCUACACAGCCGGUCUGGAGAUCCAAAGGCAGGUUCUUGGAGAAUCAGAUGCAAGAGUGGGGGAAACUUGCAGGUACUUAGCAGAAGCUCAUGUUCAAGCAAUGCAGUUCGAAGAAGCAGAGAGAAUUUGUAGAAUGGCGCUUGAUAUUCACAAAGAACAAGGGCCUCCACCUUCUGUGGAAGAAGCUGCCGACAGGAAACUGAUGGGACUGAUCUGCGACUCGAAGGGAGAUUACGAGGCUGCCCUUGAGCAUUACGUUCUGGCAAGCAUGGCCAUGUCUGCUCAUAACCAGAGAGAAGAUGUCGCUUCCAUAGAUUCCAGUAUAGGAGACGCUUAUAUGUCUCUAGCUCGUUUCGAUGAAGCCAUUUUCGCAUACCAGAAGGCAUUAGCCGUUUUCAAACAGACAAAGGGAGAGACACAUUCCUCUGUAGCAUCUGUUUAUGUCAGGUUGGCUGAUCUGUACAACAAGAUCGGAAAGCUUCGCGAUUCCAAGUCGUACUGUCAAAACGCCCUCGGGAUCUACCUGAAACCAUCUCCAGGAACGCCGUUGGAGGAGAUAGCAACUGGUUUCAUCGAGAUUUCUGCGAUUUACCAGUCGAUGAACGAGCUCGAAAAGGGUUUGAAGCUUCUGAGACGUGCCCUGAAGAUAUACGAGAACUCGCCUGGCCAACAGAACACCAUUGCAGGGAUCGAAGCUCAGAUGGGUGUUAUCUGUUACAUGAUGGGGAACUAUCCUGAAUCUUACACCAUCUUCAAGAGCGCCAUCUCGAAGUUUCGCAACAGCGGAGAGAAGAAAACGUCGCUUUUCGGGAUCGCUUUGAACCAGAUGGGACUCGCCUGCGUUCAGCGUUACGCCAUUAACGAAGCAGCGGACUUGUUCGAAGAGGCGAAGAGCGUCCUCGAGAAGGAGUACGGUCCGUACCACCCGGAUACCUUGGCAGUUUACAGCAAUCUUGCCGGCACAUACGAUGCAAUGGGCAGAUUAGAUGAUGCUAUAGAGAUACUGGAGUAUGUUGUCGGAAUGAGGGAGGAGAAACUCGGGACGGCAAAUCCCGAGGUGGAAGACGAGAAGCGGCGGCUUGCGGCGCUGCUCAAAGAGGCCGGAAGAGCCCGGAGCCGCAGAAACAGAGCCCUUCUUACCCUGUUGGACAAAAACCCUGAAACUAUACCAAACAAAGGACAGACGCCGGUUUACUAAUAACCGGUUAUAAAUCCGGUUUACGUGUAUAUAUACAUACAAAUCUGAAUAUACGCGGAAAAAAAAAUACCAUGUUUUCCCCCUUUAUUCAUAUAGAUGCAAUGUAGUAAUCUUGAACAACCUUUUUGUUGCGAUGCUCUGUAUACUUAUGGGCGACUAUAAUAAAGAGAAACGGUUAGACCUCGUUUUCAUUA